CUUCAGUGUUAAACAUACAUAAUUUUUUAUCAAAUUUGUCUGAUGCAAUGACUGUGAAAGUUUAAUUUAUUGGUUUUACCUGGUAAUUCCUAAAAAACGAAUUAAUACGCAUAAUUCUUAACAAACCAUGGCGACGUCUAGUGAUACGUCGGAGCAAAAUGUAAAGUCAAGACGACCUGCUGAAUCUGCUUUUAAGCAGCAACGUCUACCUGCAUGGCAACCAAUACUGACUGCUGGAACUGUGCUACCUACGUUCUUUGUAAUCGGAAUCGCUUUUAUACCAGUCGGGAUAGGUCUGCUCUAUUUUUCUGAUGAGGUUAAAGAGCAUGUUAUUGACUACACUUAUUGCAUGAAAGAUGAUAUGAACGUCACAUGUGCAGAUUUUUUAAAAAACAACACUGAAGAAAUAUGCACUUGUCAUCUUCCCUUCAAUCUUACUGAGGACUUCAAAGGAGAAGUUUAUUUCUAUUAUGGACUGACCAAUUAUUACCAGAAUCAUAGACGAUAUGUAAAAUCCAGGGAUGACAAUCAGCUUUUAGGCCGCCUGUCAUUAACUCCAUCUUCUGAUUGUGAUCCAUUUGCACGUGCUGAAGAAAAUGGAGUAAUGAAACCAAUAGCACCUUGUGGAGCUAUAGCUAACUCUUUGUUCAAUGAUACACUUACAUUGCAUUCAGUGGAAUCGAAUGGCGAUGUUCCUGUACUACGAACUGGUAUUGCCUGGGCAUCUGAUAAGAGGACCAAGUUCCGGAACCCAGAAGGCAAUCUCGAAGAAGCAUUUGCAAACUUUACAAAGCCAGUGAAUUGGCGUGUCAACAUUUGGCAGUUAGAUCCCGGCAAUCCUGAUAACAACGGUUUUCAGAAUGAAGACUUGAUCGUGUGGAUGCGCACAGCCGCCCUGCCGACAUUCCGCAAGUUGUAUCGGCGCGUGGACCACAGUCAGGUAGGGUUCGGUGGUGGACUCGUCAAAGGCCCGUAUAUUCUCAAAGUCGACUACAAUUACCCAGUAGUUGACUUCCAUGGGACGAAAUCAUUUAUAAUUUCGACCACAUCGUUGCUGGGGGGAAAGAAUCCGUUCUUAGGAGUGGCUUAUGUAGUCGUCGGUACCCUGUGUCUCUUACUGGGCAUAGUGCUACUCGUCAUACACGUCAGAUGUUCCAAGAGCACAACCGAAAUGAUCAACGUGAACCCGCGCACGCCGUACUCUUGAACGGUGACGUCAUAGUUCAUCAAUAAUAGAACAAUAUCAACGAUUUGUAGAUUUUGACAAAGAAAAUGUAAUUUAAUUCAUAUAUUUAACAAACAUUUCUAGUGAUUACGUUCUGGAAAGAAUCAUUUGUGUUAAAAAUUAUUGCUUUCACAAGUAUUAUUGAUUUUGGUGUAUUGAAAAAGAAAAAAACUGUUCUUAAAGCGAAUGUUUAAGGAAAUCAAUAUAAAAGUCGAAGUACAUAAAUACACUAGAAACUUAGUAGUAGCUUUGUAUGUCAGUGCACUAAGUGAAUUAUUUCAUCGUUGUGUUAGAAUACUUUAGAAACAGCAAAAGUUAUAUUUUAAACAACGUUGAGUUUGUGUUGGGCUUUUGUGCUUUUUCGUAACACUUUUAAUCUAUUUUUAAAUAUAAAAAUGUAUUAAUCAAUAUGCGGAACCAAUUAGAACUACUAUUACUGUAUAACCUCGCGUGAUUUAUUACUUGUUUUGUAAUAUAUGACGUAUUCGUUUGAGAACACGAAAACUGUUUAAUUUAUUUUUUGUAAAGUACUAGAAACUUCGGAAAUAUUAUAAUGGUAAUAAGCAACGCGAUAUUAAUCCGUAAAAGUAGUUUUAAUUAUGUCAAUGACACGCGAAAAUCGAACUUAAUAAUAUUUAAUUUAGAACUGUUUUAAAGUAACAAAAACGGUGGAAUGUAUUGUUUGUUGAAUCGAACUCUACAUUCAAUGUGGACGAUAAAGAGACUUCAGAGAUCAAGAUAAUUCUGAUAUACACGACAUAAAGGCCUCAUUGGUGUAAUUAUAAAAAAAA